AUGGAGGAGCAUUUGUCUAUGGGAUCGGUUUUUCCCGUACACUAUGGAUUGCAGAUAGAAAUCGACCCUGCUAAGGCUAACUUCAAAGGUGAAGAACAAUUGCAAUUGAAUGUUAGAAACAGUGAUAAUAUUAACUUCCCUAAACAGUUUACCUUACAUGGCACAGAUCUCGUUGUUCUGUCUGCUGAACUUAUGGAUGAUUCUACUGGUACUAACUUUGAUCAAUUUGAAAUUACCUACAAGAAGGAAGAACAGGAGAUCGUGCUGAAAUAUGAUAUGGAUAACCUAUCCAUCUCAAACAAUGCAGCAUUGAAAAUUAAAUAUAUCGGUAAACUCAAUGAUAUCAAAACUCACCAGGAUAAGACUACUGGUGUAUUCAAGACCAAUUAUAUGGGGGGAUAUCACGAUGACCAAAAGUCUAAUAACAUUGUCAUCUCCACUCAUUGUCAACCAACUUUUGCAAGAAGUAUUUUUCCAUGCUUUGACGAACUAUCCUCAAAAACUACAUUUCAGCUGAGUUUGACUUCUUUAAGUCGGUUUAGUGCAAUCUCUAACAGCAAAGUCUUGAAGACAGAGGAAAGAGCCGAUGGUGGCCAGGAAUUGAAAACGACCCAUUUUGAAAAGACACCAUUACUUCCAGCAUCUCUUUUUGGAUUUUCUAUUGGUGAUUUUAGAAAAAUCAAUACUGUUACUGAGUUUGAUGGGAUUUCUACUGAAAUUGGUAUAUAUUCACCAUGGAGAGUAGAGGAGGCCACAUACUCAUUAGAUAUAAUGAAGAAAUACAUCCCAUUACUGAGCAGUUAUUUUAAUUUUUCUUACCCCUCUUCCAAAUUAGAUAUUGUGCUGCUACCAUUUCUAUCCGAUAUGGCGAUGGAAAAUUUUGGUAUGAUUUCAAUACAGGCAGCACAUCUAUUGAUAUCACCUUCUAUGCUAGCCAACGAAGAAGUUCGAAAGCAGCUACAUCAAUUGGUUGUACAUGAAUUAGUUCAUCAGUGGAUCGGUAACUAUAUAUCUUUUGACUCAUGGUCACAUCUGUGGUUCAAUGAAUCUUUUGCUACAUGGUGCUCAUCGCAUAUAUUGGAAGAAAAUGGAGAUUUAGCAGAUUAUUGGAACUCCAUUGAUUAUAUCGAAAACCAAUUGCAACCUUCAAUUGAAAGAGACUCUGAUAUUGCGGCCCAGAGUAUUGUGGAGAUGGCAAAGCAUUCUGAGAAAAGUUUAAGAAAUGUAUACACCCAUGAAAUUUUUGAUGCACACUCAUAUAAUAAAGGAAUUGCAUUAUUAAGAUGUUUUCAGUUAACUGUGGGUUCAGAUAUGUUCAGAAAGGCCUUCCAAGAAAUUUUUCGUGAGAUGAAGGAAGGAAAUGAGCAUUUCCAUAAAAGUGCCAUCAAACCUAUUGAUAUAUUUAACAAGAUUGGUUCUUUUCUGAAAUCUGAAAAUAUUCCUAAAUUUUACACAUCAUGGACCCGUACUUCUGGUGUACCAAUUGUUAGUGUUGAGGAACUUGAUGGUAAGACCAAACUGAUUCAACAUCGUUAUAUUCCAUAUUCUCAUGGUAGUGAAGCCGACCAUGAAGAUAUUCCAUACUAUGUGCCUAUGUUUAGCAUUUUGGCCGACGGUUCAAAGGAUAAAAAAAAUAUUCUAUUGACUGAUAGGUCUUUAACUAUAGACAAUACUAUCUUAAUGUUAAAUCACAAUGGACAAGGCUACUUUCGUGUUUCAUAUGAAUCUGAAACUAUAUAUGAUACAAUAGUUGAAAAUUUACAAAACUCCAAAUUGGAUGAUAACAACCUAAAAACAAUACUCAUAGACCUAGCUUAUUUCAUUGGUGAUAAAAAGUACCAAAAAGAUGUCCAUAUUAAAGGUUUAUUCAAGAUUCUGUCUGCAUUUGCCGCUAAUUCAUCAGUGAUUGUAGAGGAUUACUGGUGUGGUCUAUCGACUGCACUUGAUAUAGUUCGUCGAAUCCACUCCACAUUGGGUGCCGCACAAAAGGCUAAAUUAGCGAACAAGAUAGUUGAUCCUCUUUUCAGGGCAAUGAAGUGGCCACAACAGAAUUUUGCUACGGAAAUGGCAAGCAUGGAAUCUAAUGAGACCAAGGUCAGAGGUGAUAUACUAUAUCUACUACAAGAUGUAAAGGAUAUAAACCAUGGUGUUUACAGUCUUGCAGAUAACUACUUUAAAGCUAUUAUGACUGGCCCUGCUUCUUCAAUUCCUAUUGGAUUAAUUGGAGGUGUUUUUUUGCUGGUAUCGAAAAGGUUUAAAAAUGUAAAGCAAUGGAAGAAACUAUUCGAACUGGUCAAGUCAAGUAGAGGAAUUGCAUCUCAUAUUUUUCAAACAUUUGAUUCUAAGACUCAUACCGAUAUUUCGGUAAUUAUUCAGAACAUUGCUAUCGAAAACCUAGCAUGUUCUCGUAACGAGGAAAUAAUACGUAAGGUAUUGAAUUUUGUGGCUACAAAUAUCGAGUCUAAUGGUGUUAGCAGAGCUCUUUACGGUUUACACAAUAUUGGCACACGCUCUACUAUUAAUGAUAAUGGUAAAGAGGUUGGACAACAGGUUCGUGAUGUUGCAUGGCAAUGGCUAGAAUCAAACUACGACUUAUGGGCUAGAAAGGCUAUGCGCGAAGGUUCUCAAACUGCUGAAAAUCUAUCUAAAGAACUGGACGGUAUUAUCUUGUAUAUAUUUGAGAUGUUUAGAGAUUCUGAGGGAAAGGUUGAUAAAUUUAUUCUUCGUAAGGAAGAAUUGUUAGGUGUGGAGAAGAUUCAUUUAGCUCAAAUUUGGCUAACUGUGAAGGAAACUACGAGCUCAAAUAAAAUCAUAGCUGGUUCAGUGAAAGCAUUGUUAUAA